CGAUUUGAUGGACAUUCUCAACAAGCAAAUACAGAACGGCGUCGACAAAAAUGACAUCCACUGGGUUCUUACCGUGCCAGCCAUAUGGAACGAACAUGCUAAACAGUUCAUAAGGACUGCAGCCAGAGAGGCUGGAAUUAAAAUGGGUCAACUAAGCCUUGCACUUGAGCCUGAAGCAGCAUCCAUUUACUGUCGUCAUGUUAAAAUGUCAAGAACUGCGGGCUCCAGCAGCGCGGACAUUUCGACACUCAAGUCAGGCUCGAGGUAACUGGUUUGUGAUGC